UAACUUCCACUUAACACGUUUUAUUUGUGUGACCGAGAUUAAAUAAUGAAAUACUGAUAAAAACAUAUUUAACAAGUUAUGAGAUUAAAAAUGAUACGAAAGAUUAAAGUUUAUAUCCUGUAUUUGUUUUACACACACACACACACACACACACACACACACACAGUCAGUCUAUCUGGUUUCCUUCCUGUCUUUAGCUCUGAGGGGUGUUGCAUCCGGAGUAGGAAUUCUGGGCCUCCACUGUAUAUAUAGUGUGACUCCAGUGUUCAGCAGCAUUAUGAGUCUGACAAUGAGGGGCGGUAUUCUGAUGUCACUUGGUGUCUUGCUUGCGUUUAAGGUGAGUUGUUGCAUGAAGCAAACAGGCGUGUGUCGGCCUGUUUGUGCUGACAGAGAGUGUGUAACUGUGAACCAGGACAGAGUGGAUUUUAAAACAGCUGAGAAAGCAUGCCGUGAUAGGAGCGGGGAACUACUUCCACUUCAUCCUCAGACACAUGUGAGUCUCCUGGGCAAUUUGAGGCAACAACUGUCAGGAAACUUCUGGAUUGGACUGCGUUUACCAGCUGGCACCUGUAGCAACCUUUCAUCCCCUCUGCGAGGCUAUGAGUGGCUCUCUGGUAGCACAAACGGGAGCUUCAUUCCUUCCUCUGUGACCUGGAAACACAGCGUUAAAGUCUGCUCUCCCAGCUGCGUGUCACUUUCAGAGGACCAGAAGUGGACAGAGAGACUGUGCUCAGACACAACUGAUGGAUAUCUGUGCAGAACAGAGCACUACGAUGCUUGUCUGGCACAAGAAGUAUCCGAUCCACAAGUUUUCCGAAGCUCCAAAGGCUGUUUAACGGGCCCCUGUGAGCAUGAAUGCACAGACGUGACGGGAGGUUACAAAUGCUCUUGUUUCCCUGGAUAUAUCCCAGACAGCAGAGACCCCAGGCAGUGCAAGAUGCACUGUGGCAAACACAGAUGCCCCAGAAUAUGCGACAGAUACGAUAAGGAGAUGUGCUUCUGUCCUGACGGCUUCAUUUCGAACGAGGAAUUCUGCGAGGACGUCGACGAAUGUGAGAUGAACUCGUGUGACCACGGCUGUAAGAACACGUUUGGGAGUUACCAGUGUUCCUGCAGCGAAGGUUUUGUCCUCAAAAACGAGUACAAAUGCAUCAAAGCCGCCAGCGAGCGUUUUCCAAUCACUACACCAAUCACUGUAGGAUUUGUUAAACCUAAUAAUCACACCAUGAAGGCCUCGUCUGCACGGGCUGGCCGUUUCCUCUGGUUAUGGAUCUGUGCUGUUGUGGCUGUGGUGCUGUUAAUAUGUGCGGUCAGGAUGUUUGUCGUCAGGCGUCAGAAACGCCGAGAGCAGAACUCCUGUCAGCACUCGAGUGUUCCUGCUCUCGUCAAUGAUCAGUGUUAACACUGGGACUCCUUCAUGAAACAUGCUCAUGUAAACUGCUGCAAUUCAGCAAUUAUUCAUUCAUUAAUGAAUAAUAUUAAUAAAUAUUCUGACAUCGUACAGAUCAACAGAACAACUAUUCAUUCAUCAAGAAAAGAAGACGUUUAGACAAUAAUCACGAGUUGCAGCAGUAAUGAAAACAUAAUUACGAUGUGUGUGACACACAAUCAUGGACUGAAGUCUGGACAUGUUUGUGGAUCUGGAUCUGAAAUCCCAACUGCCAACAUGAGGGUGUUCCAAACCGGUUUGUCCAGAUUCUACUGAUCCCACAGGAUGACACAGCAGGAAAAGCUGAGGAUGUGUGUGUGUGUGUGUGUGUGUGUGUGUGUAUACUGUGUUCUCACUGUGUUCUUACCAAAUCUGACUUUGGUGAAUAUUUGUACGUGUGCAUAUGUAACUAUAUUGUACAUGAGGUCAUAAUGUGAAAUACAUAAGGGUGACUGCUGUUUUAUUCUCUCAUAUAACGUGUUAUGUUAUGUCAUUAAAUUUAAGCAGUCUUACCAACGCUCUGGUCUUGUAAUGUUUUUUUUUAAUUAACGUCAUUUGUUUUUCCAACAGUGGAAUCAUUCACCUCCACAUUUCUAACAUUUCUCAGGUCCUUCUGUUGUUCAUGGUGAAAUGAUGUCUCACACCCUCUGACCCUCUAAUACUCACGGACACAUAUUAAUCUGUGCAUCUGUUAUCUUUUAUCUUUUUACAAACCAGAUUGGUUGUGUAUGUGACACACUCAGUCUUGCUGCUGCUGCAGAUACUGUAACUCUCUCUGAUUUCAAGGUAAAACCUUCUUCUUGAUUCUCCACUAAAUUGGCCACGAUCAUUUUUGUAAUAUAUUAGAUUUAUCACUUUGAAAGAUUUAAAUGAAACAAAGAAAGGCCAAACAGCAAAAUCAGGAUUAAACAGUAGGACAGUCCCAUGUCAGAGCCUGUGUCCAGCUUGUAGUUUUAUAUUAAAGCCACUAGAUGUCACCAUAGUGAUGUGUAAAUAUGUGACAUAAUCUCACUGUGAGCUACAUGUGUGUGCGUGCAUGUGCGUGCAUGUGCGUGCAUGUGUGUGUGUGUGUGUGAGUUAAGUAUUGAUAAGACCGGGUGGUUCAAACCAAACCCGGCCUGCGCCGGCUGUGGCUGACGUCCACCUUCACCUCAUCACCUGUCCCCGUAAACACAUGUUACUCAGUGAACUAUCAGCCAAUCACAACAGGAGGAGUUCACUUCAUGGCAGGGAAUUGUGAUUUGUUGAUUUCCUGAAGUGUGCUUUAUGUUUAUAUGUACAGUGAUGUGAAAGUUGUAUUUCAUUAAAACAUUCAUUCACAUA